AUGCAAUCACCAGUAAAGAUUCACACUGUGGAGUCGAGUUACUCCGACACCUACCAGGAAGCCGUCAUCGCCAACUACGACGAUCCGCCCGCGGUCUGGGAGAAGGUUCUUGGAGAGACCUUGUCCUUCAAUGGGGGUCUAUUCGACGAGGCAGAACUCACCGCCGGACCCAAGCCAGGACCGGUUGGAGCGUCCGAGUUCCGGGGCAUAAAUCGCCAAUUGGAACUCGCCGGGCUGCUCUCGCCAGACCGGCAGCUUCUUCGUCGAAUACUGGAUCUCGGUUGCGGCUGGGGCGUCCUGACACAACAUCUGGCCAAGGUCUUCCCCGAGUGCCAGUGCAUCGAUGCAAUCAACAUCAGCCAGCAGCAGCUAGACUACUGUGCUGAGAAACUGCCGCCGGAGCUUCGCAAAAGGGUCAACCUGUAUCUGUGCAAUGCCCAGGACGUCGAUCGGCUUCCGGACCCAACGGAGCCAUAUGACUUUGUCUUUGUGCGGGGUGUCUAUUUCCAUCUCCUGCCUUCUGUCUUUGAGGCCUCGGUAGCCCGACUUGCGCAGAGAAUACGCCCGGGAGGGAUAUUGCUUCUUUCUGAUCCGCUAUACAGAGAUGCGGAUGUGAAUGCUCCUGUGUCUACCGCGUCGGAACCAUCAGAUGGGUUGGGCACUGGCGAUCAUAAGAGCCCGCAGUAUUACACUUCGGUUCUGAAGAAGCAUGGGUUCCAGAUACAGGACCUGCGGGUGCUGCCUUCCAACGUCGAGUUCAUUCACUGGUUUCGAGUACUGCGACUCAACAUUGAAGCAAACUUCCCGACUUUCCCAAAUGGUGUUUCCGUGCCGGUGAAGGACCUGCAUGAAUUUGCAGAGAGCUUUGCUCAAAAGCUAGCCGAGGACAAGGUUUCCAUGUACAGUAUUGUCGCACAGCGAGCCACAGGCUAA